CAUUGGAUAGUGCACAUCCAUUGAAUCCCUCCUCCUUCACCUUUGUCAAGUUCUGCACUUUCAUUGAAACGUCUUGUUGUUUCCCAGGCUAGGAAAUAAGUUCACAGGCUUUAUUUGAGCUUUGGAAGACAAGAGGGCACCACCAGAAGAUAAAAGCCGAGAAGUUGUCUUUGGAUUUCCCUGGAAGUCGAGUGGGACCCGCCAAAAAUUGACGGGGGAAGUAUACAUUUUAGAGCAGUGAGCCAUCGAAUAAAAAAAAAGGCUGCAGUAGCAACCGAGUUAGAAGCGUGCAACAUUGUUGCAGUAAGGUUGGGACUGCGCCGACAAGGGAAUAAAUAGCACACUGCAAUGCUUAACUGGAAACCAUUUUAUCAGACUUUUCUAUUGUAAAGUUCUCAAAUUCGAAUUAAAUCUCUGGUGUUUAACGGGAAUACAAAAAAAAAUUGAAAAAAGGAUACAUAAAUAAAAUUUAAAAAAUAUGCCGGACCAAAUUACAGUUUCGGAGUUCGUGGCGGAGACAAAUGAAGAUUACAAAGCGCCGACGGCUUCAAACUUCACCACCAGAAUGUCCCACUGUAGGAAUACCGUGACUGCUUUGGAGGAGGCUCUGGAUGUGGACCGCAGCGUGCUGUACAAGAUGAAGAAGUCCGUCAAGGCCAUCUACACCUCGGGUCUGGCCCAUGUGGAGAAUGAGGAGCAGUACACCCAGGCUCUGGAGAAGUUUGGGGAGAACUGUGUCUACAGGGACGACCCUGACCUGGGUUCUGCCUUCCUCAAGUUCUCGGUCUUCACCAAGGAGCUCACCGCCCUCUUCAAAAACCUGUUCCAGAACAUGAACAACAUCAUCACCUUCCCUCUGGACAGCCUGCUGAAAGGAGACCUGAAAGGAGUCAAAGGGGACCUGAAAAAGCCAUUUGAUAAGUCCUGGAAAGACUAUGAAACAAAAGUCACUAAGAUCGAGAAGGAGAAGAAGGAGCACGCGCGGCAGCACGGCAUGAUCCGCACGGAGAUCAGCGGGGCGGAGAUCGCAGAGGAGAUGGAGAAGGAGAGGAGGUUCUUCCAGCUGCAGAUGUGUGAGUAUCUUCUCAAAGUGAACGAGAUCAAGAUCAAGAAAGGGGUGGACCUACUCCAGAAUCUCAUCAAAUAUUUCCACGCACAGUGCAAUUUUUUUCAGGACGGGCUGAAAGCAGUAGACAACCUCAAACCAUCCAUAGAGAAACUAGCCACAGACUUACACACGAUAAAGCAGGCCCAGGACGAGGAGAGGAAGCAGCUCACUCAGCUACGGGACGUCCUCAAGUCAGCGCUGCAGGUGGAGCAGAAGGAGUUGAAGGAUUCCCAGGUGCGACAGAGCGCUACCUACAGUUUGCACCAGCCGCAGGGAAACAAGGAGCACGGUACUGAGCGCAGUGGGAACCUCUACAAGAAGAGUGACGGGAUAAGGAAAGUGUGGCAGAAGAGAAAGUGUUCAGUGAAGAAUGGAUACCUCACCAUAUCACAUGGGACGGCGAACCGACCGCCGGCCAAACUCAACCUCCUCACCUGUCAGGUGAAACAUAACCCAGAAGAGAAGAAGAGCUUUGACCUCAUCUCACAUGACAGAACCUAUCACUUUCAGGCCGAGGACGACCCAGAAUGUCAGAUAUGGAUCUCUGUGCUGCAGAACAGCAAGGAGGAAGCUCUGAAUAAUGCCUUUAAGGGGGACCAGCACGUUGGAGAGAAUAACAUAGUCCAGGAACUGACCAAGGCCAUCCUGGGAGAGGUCAAGAGGAUGACCGGCAACGACAUCUGCUGCGACUGCGGCGCUCCCAACCCUACCUGGCUCUCCACUAACCUGGGCAUCCUGACCUGUAUUGAGUGUUCUGGGAUCCACAGGGAGCUGGGAGUCCAUUACUCUAGGAUCCAGUCCCUCACACUGGAUGUACUCAGCACCUCUGAACUCUUGCUGGCCAAGAACGUGGGGAAUGCAGGCUUUAACGACAUCAUGGAGGCGUGUCUAUCUGCGGAAGAUGUGGUCAAACCCAACCCUGCCAGUGACAUGCAAGCCCGUAAGGACUUCAUCACAGCCAAGUACACCGAGAAGCGUUUCGCCAGGAGGAAGUGUCCAGACGGGGUGUCCAAGCUGCACACCCUGUGUGACGCGGUCAAGGCCCGGGACAUCUUCUCUCUGAUCCAGGUGUACGCUGAGGGAGUUGACCUGAUGGAGCCCAUCCCCCUGGCCAACGGACAUGAACAAGGAGAGACUGCCCUUCACCUAGCGGUCAGACUAGUGGACAGGACCUCGCUCCAUAUCGUCGACUUCCUCACUCAAAACAGUGUGAACCUGGACAAGCAGACAACCAAAGGCAGCACGGCCCUCCACUACUGCUGCCUGACUGACAAUAUGGAGUGUUUGAAACUGCUGCUGCGGGGCAAGGCAUCCAUAGACAUUGCGAAUGAGUCUGGGGAGACGCCGCUGGACAUCGCUAAGAGACUGAAGCACCUGCAGUGUGAGGAGCUGCUGAACACGGCGUUGGCGGGGAAGUUCAACGUCCACGUGCACGUAGAGUACGAGUGGCGUCUGCACCAUGAAGACAUGGACGAGAGUGACGAGGACCUGGAUGAGAAGGUGAGGCCCAGCCCCCACCGGCGAGAGGAACGCCCGGUCAGCUGCUACACCCCUGGCUCCAACUCCCACCGCCAGCCCAGCCCUGCAUCCUUGGCACGCGAUGCUGCCAGCCUGGCCAAGGACAAGCAGCGUGGUGGGUACAUGCCCAACCUGGUCAACAACGAGACCUACGGCACCAUCCUCGACGCCAGCCCCCCCGUACCCGGGGGGCUCACCCCCACCUCUGCUCCCCCUCUUCCCCCACGGAACAUAGUCCAGUCAUCAGGGUCCUCUGGGUGGAAGCCUGGCUCUAUAGACCUGGGGGUCCGACAGAGGUCCUCCUCAGACCCUCCCAAUAUCCACCCCCCCGUACCCCCCAUGAGGGUCACCUCAACCACGGGUCUUGCUCCUCCGCCUGUGGCCAAGACAGUGAGUAUGAUGGAGGCGAUGAACCAGCAGUCAAAACCGGGGACCGGACAGGGCCACAACAGAGCCCCAACACCUAAGUCUCCUUCUGGCAACGACAAAAGCUUCAGUAAAGGACCGACUCGAACUGGGUCCAUCGAAAGACCAGCUAAAGAAGUGCCGGGAUAUCCCCACAACUCAGUAGGUCAAUCGCUGCCUCCCGCCCCCAUGCCUAGGAAGACCUAUCCGCAGAGGCCCAAGCGGGUGAAGGCCAUCUACAACUGUAUGGCGGACAAUGCAGACGAGCUGACCUUCUCUGAGGGGGAGGUGAUCGUGGUGGAUGGGGAGGAGGACCAGGAGUGGUGGCUGGGCCACAUCGAAGGAGAACCUAUGAGGAGGGGGGCUUUCCCCGUCACAUUUGUACACUUCAUCAUGGACUGAAGGUCAAAGGUCACCAGAGGUCAACACAGGACCUGGAAUGGAAACCAUGGAAAUGCCCUCCACCUCCCCACAUUUCUGUGGCAAAAUUAUCUUUGUCAUCAGCAAAGCUUGUGCCUGCACCGACACUAAAGAAGAGUGAAGUGUCGCUGCCCAAUGCUUUGGCUAUACAGUCUGUUGCCAUGACAACAGAUACACCCUUUACUCCAGGAAUGUCAUGUGAUGUCAUAUCACUCUUUUUAGGCCAAGCCUGCAAAGGCUCGUGGGGAAACUGUGUUUUGACUUCUGACACCAUCUGACAAAAAAAAACUAUGAUUGUAGUAGAUAACCUCUUGCAAUAAAAUGCACUUUCUGCUUAUUUAUCCUGGUCGCAACAUUUAGAGGAUUAUUGACAAAAUGAAGGUUCUGUUAAUAACUAUUUCACUCUGUUGUCUUCGGUUUUGUGAAUUGUACAGAAAGUUAUUCAAGGACAGCUGACAGGGACAGUAACUUGUAUCUGUAGGAUUUCUUUCACUUAUUGUUAAUGUGAAUACAGUCUAUAUGCUUUACAUUCCAUCUCCUUGCAUGGUUAAAGGGUGAACAAAUUCUAAACGCUUAACUGCUUAAUAGGCAAAGGCAUGUAAACUUUAUAGCACUCACAAUGUGGGAAGCAGACUCAGUGGUGGAGUGGUGCCUGGAGAAGUGGGUAUACUAUAAUUUGGCAAAAAUAAAUCCCAAAGGCCUGCUUGGGGAAGGAAAGGCGCCUGUGUGAAAAACUCUAUGACAAUAAUAUAAUAAUAUAUGCCAUUUAGCAGACGCUUUUAUCCAAAGCGACUUACAGUCAUGUGUGCAUACAUUCUACGUAUGGGUGGUCCCGGGAAUCGAACCCACUACCCUGGCGUUACAAGCGCCAUGCUCUACCAACUGAGCUACAGAAGGCAAAAAAUGCUAAAUCCCAUGUUGGUCUUUAACAGUUCAGGAAACCCAACCUGUACUGUGCUAGUAGUCUGAUAGUAGGACUACUAUUGAAACAAAUAAAUGAGGCGGUCAACUGAGUCAGAAAUAUUCAGUCAAACAAAUUCUCUGCAAGUUUCACUUUUUAAUAGAACAUCCAAUUUUUCCACAACAGGUGCAUGGCCAGGUGCAUGAAUGGACAUGCACCUAGCUUACAUUAAAUUGGGAGUUUUUGGGGGGAAAGCCUUCAUCUAGGCUACAAGAAGAUGAUUAGGCCUAUGAUUAGCUUUGCUAUAUUUUUUUCCUGUUCCUUAAUUAUGAAACGUCCAGGUUUCAAACGUCAUAUUAUGGGGCAUGUCUUACAUUCUUCAAAGUAGCCUAUGGUUAAAAUCCCACCACAUAAACAUGGAGGUCCUUAUUUUAUAAAGACAACCUCAUAUUCCACACUGCUGUUCUAUUGGUUUUUAAAUCCGCUUUCUUUCAUUGUUUAUCAGGCAAAGGCAUUAUCGUCGUCAUAUUAGCAACCCGUAAUAAUUGUCGCAUCUUUAGAUCUCCCCAUCUUUCAAAACGUCUCCGUCUAUGAAGCCGCUCGCAUGUGCAGUGCACAUUUUUAGAACUGCGUUUCCCUGCAAAUUGCGUUUUGGAACAUUUGCGUGUAACCCGACCGCCCACAUUACUGCGCUUAAACUGUGAAGAAAUAAUAGUAAAUCAACGUUUUAAGCUAAACAUUCUGAUCGGAUCCAUCAGCCUUAUUGAUAGGGCGUAUACCUUCCACCACACUAGCCUACUUUGAUAUACAUUGUGGGAUUAAGAAGUUGAGGAUACGCAAUGCCCACAAAAGUGGGUGUAAGGCUGUGUAUACGCGCCACCACACCACUCGUUAAACUUAAUUCAAAAUGGUGCUAACCCAGUAAUAUGCUAGGAGUCCUCCCCCUAUGGGUCAUCCACUGUCCCCAUUUCUAGACAGCCCUUAGUAACAACAGGGGGUUGCCGGGGGUAUAUUUAGGCCUGUAUUUAACUGGGAGAACACAGGCUCACUAUCCUACUGUGUGCGCUGACCUGCAUGCAUAUCAGCUUGCAACAAUAGUUACUUACAGUACAUCAUCUCCAUGGCCUACAGUGUGGUGCCAGAUUUACUGCAUUAGCCCAUCUGACACCUUUUACUCUGUUUAUAAAAUGCCUCAUUGUUGCACUUCUUACCCUUUUUGCUAUAAUAUCAAUAUCAUCAGUGAAAUGGAUGUUGUCAACUAUCUUUGCUGCAUAGAUCACACUUUUAGUUGUGAACCACCAUCUUUCUGUGGCUCUGGUCAAAAGUAGUGCACUAUUUAUGGAAUAUGAUGCCUUUUGGGACAUGGACAUAGUGAGAGCUCUGCAGAGGGGUUUAUGCACCUCAUGGGGCAAGUGCUCCUGUCCUGUGGCUUUUUUUUAUCUGUAGUGGACAGCAGGCUACCAAAUGGCGCACACACAGAGGUACAUGUGGACGCACAUAGUUGUCAUUGUACUAAAAAUAACUUGUCCUUUGAGGUGACAUUGUAAGGGGGAUGGCAAUACCAAAUGACACACUUGAAAAGGACAAUGCAACUACUUUUACUCACACUUACACACACACCUACCAUAGUAUUCAAUCUGAUUCAUAGUGCUCAGCCUAGAAUUCUACCAUAGUCCACAACUUGAUUACUAGCUGGGACCAGCAUUAGUUACAGACCACCAUUGUUUUAUAUAUACUAGGUCCCAUACUGAAGAGUGUUUUAAAAUGUAAUAUUCUUACAACGCAUUUGACGUAAUGUCUGACUUGUUGCAGAGCAACUCUUCUCUAUACAUGUGAUGUUUUAUCUUAAACGGGACAUACAGUACUCUCAAUUGUGAAUGAACUACGAUACAUGCGACGCCUCUUGCCGUCGUCUAUCUGCCACACCAUGUUAACUCACUGGAAAUAGGAUGGUUCAUCUGUAAAUGUACAUAGAUUCUGUUGAUAUUUAAAUGUAUAAAAUAAGAGUUCAUGACCUUGGCAGUAACUGUCUUUGAAUGCACUGUGGUGAUGUGCUGUUUUCCAGCUGGUGUUCAGUGUGUAGUCUAGUAGUGUACACACAAACCAAGGCUGAGAAGCUAUUCCAUUCACACUCAUUGACUCUGGAUCACAGCAUUGACUCAAACCUAUUGUGCAAAAUAAAUGGGGAAAUUGAAAACUGGAAUAAUAAAAUGGAAUAAUUCCCAGUGUUUUCUUCUCUUGCA